GGUUUAGGUUCGCCUCCCAUUUCCUCGCCCACCAACCGCCCGCGGUCUUUCUUCGAAAAGGAGGCCCGGCUUAUUCGAGCGAGCGAAGAGAAGGAGCCACCCACCCCCAUCCCUCUCGAGGCGGAGAAAAGAGGAGGAAGAGGAGAAGGAGAUGGCAAUGGCGACGGCGCUCCGGCGGCUGUCUUCCUCCGCCGUGAGGAGGCAGCCUUCUCUCGCGCGGAGCUCGCUUUACUACAUGUCGACGCUGCCGAGCGAGGAUGUCUACGACAAGGAGAGAUCCCGCGUCACGUGGCCGAAGCAGCUGAAUGCUCCACUGGAGGCUGUCGAUCCGGAUGUUUUCAAUAUCAUCGAGCUCGAGAAAGCCAGGCAGUGGAAGGGGCUUGAGCUCAUCCCUUCUGAGAAUUUCACAUCGGUGUCGGUGAUGCAAGCAGUAGGAUCUGUCAUGACUAACAAAUACAGUGAGGGGUAUCCUGGAGCAAGAUACUAUGGUGGAAACGAAUACAUCGACAUGGCAGAAUCACUGUGUCAGAAACGUGCCCUGGAAGUUUUCGGUUUAGACCCAGCAAAAUGGGGAGUAAAUGUGCAGUCCCUCUCUGGGUCUCCUUCUAACUUUCAAGUAUAUACUGCACUUUUGAAGCCACAUGAGAGAAUAAUGGCACUGGAUCUUCCUCAUGGCGGACAUCUUUCACAUGGCUACCAGACUGAUACCAAGAAGAUAUCUGCUGUAUCAAUUUUCUUUGAGACAAUGCCAUAUAGGUUGAAUGAGAGCACUGGAUACAUUGACUAUGAUCAGUUGGAGAAAAGUGCUGCUCUCUUUAGGCCAAAAUUAAUUGUUGCUGGAGCUAGUGCAUAUGCACGCCUCUAUGAUUACGCACGCAUCCGAAAGAUAUGCAAUAAGCAGAAAGCUAUCCUUUUGGCUGAUAUGGCCCACAUCAGCGGGCUUGUUGCAGGUGGUGUUAUUCCAUCUCCUUUUGAGUAUGCAGAUGUAGUGACUACUACCACUCACAAGUCACUCCGUGGACCACGUGGAGCCAUGAUCUUUUUCAGGAAGGGGGUGAAAGAGAUAAACAAACAAGGGCAAGAGGUUUUGUAUGAUUUCGAAGAUAAAAUCAAUGCAGCUGUCUUCCCUGGACUUCAAGGUGGCCCACACAAUCAUACAAUUACUGGCUUAGCUGUUGCACUCAAACAGGCAAUGACUCCAGAGUACAGAGCCUAUCAAGAGCAAGUCCUCAGUAACUGUUCAAAAUUUGCUCAGUGCUUGGUUGAGAAAGGAUAUGAGCUUGUCUCUGGUGGAACAGAAAACCAUUUAGUGUUGGUAAAUCUGAAGAACAAGGGAAUUGAUGGGUCUAGAGUUGAAAAGGUGUUGGAAUUGGUUCAUAUUGCAGCUAAUAAAAACACAGUUCCUGGUGAUGUAUCUGCCAUGGUUCCUGGAGGCAUCAGGAUGGGAACACCAGCCCUGACAUCAAGAGGAUUUGUUGAAGAGGACUUUGCGAAAGUCGCUGACUUUUUUGAUACUGCUGUUAAAAUAGCACUAAAGAUUAAGGCUGAAACCAAAGGUGGGUCAAAGCUAAAGGACUUCCUAGCCACCAUUCAGACAGAUGCUAAUGUCCAGUCCGAGAUUGCAAAGCUCCGCCAUGAGGUGGAGGAGUAUGCAAAGCAGUUCCCAACAAUUGGAUUUGAGAAAGAGACAAUGAAGUACAAGGGCUAAGGAAGACCAAUUAUAGUGAAGAGGAAACAGCAGCUGCUGAGGCUUGGAGUUAAGUAUGGAGGUCAAUGAGAUGAUACUUAUAAAGAAAUAUCAGAUGUAUGAAAACUGCAGCUUCCAUUUUAUAAGAUUGUGAGACCUUGGCAUUGACUCUUGUUUAAGUGUAUAUUAUAUAUUGCCUGAUGCGCUGAUCUGGAAGAAUUACCAUGCAUUCUUGCUCAAGUA